UAUGCCGGCGGAAGCUAACAAACGUAUACGGAGAUACUUCAUGCAGUUGCAGGAGUUUGUUCUUCGCUUCCUGAAAAGUAGCCCAUCUCAUGUCUAACUCAGCAGAAAUGUCUUCAGUCCAAACCUUGAGGACGUUUGUGAACCAGCGACUGACUGCGGCUGCUGAGGAGAUAUGUGGAGUGUUUGAACAGACUUUACUUGUGUACGAGGAGGAGAUCGAGCGGCAGCGCAUACUGCUGGACAUCGUCCUGAAACCGGAGAUCAAACUACACAGAGCAGACCCCCCACCUCCAUUUGUGUGUAAGGAGGAGCUUCUUCUUGAUCAGCAGCAAGAGACUGAGUCCAGUCUGGGUCAGGAGGUCCCAGAGCCGUCACAGAUUAAAGAGGAACAGGAUGAACUCAGUCAGGAAGGAGAGCAGCUUUUAGUGCAGGAGGAGGAGGAGGAGGAGGAGGAGGAGGAGGAGGAGGAGGAGGAGGUGGUGGUGGUGGUGCAGGAUGUCUUCAAAUUGACUCCUGCCAGUGAGGGAAGUGACCAUAGUGAACAUCAGACACUGCAUUCAGAUCCUUACCAGACUCAGAGUCCAGCACAAGAAGAGCCUGAAACCAACGUCUCAUUUAAAUUGACUCAAUCUGAAGCUGACGGAGAGGCCUCUGGAGUUUCAGAACCAAACAGCGACAGACUGCGCCGCUUGCACAGCCGUCAUGUAGCUGCGAGUGAAGGUUACAAACCAUCAACUCAGAGCACUGGACCAAAACAACAAAAUAGAGCUCACAAGUGUGACAGCUGCAGUAAAGAGUUUUCAGACAUGAAGAGGCUGAAAAUGCACAUGAGAAUCCACGCUGCCAAACAGCAUGUCAGAUGUGACGCUUGUCCUAGGGUGUUCAAAAAGCGGUCUGACCUGAUAAAACACAUGAGAACUCACGCCGUGGGAAAGCCUGUCCGAUGCCGAGUCUGUGGCAAACAACUCCUCAAUCGAGCAAACUACAAACGCCAUCUUACUAUCCACAAAGGCGAGAGACCACACAUUUGCAGCACCUGUGGGAAACAAUUCAUACGCAGAGGGGACCUGAAAAAGCACAUCAGAGUUCACACGGGCGAGAAGCCUUACAGCUGCGUGGACUGCGGAAAGGAGUUUGCCACCACUUCAGGUCUCUCGGAGCAUUUCCGUUCGCACACAGGGGAGAAGCCUUACGAAUGUUGCGUGUGUGGAAGAAGGUUUCUCAACGGCUCUAAGUUGACGGUGCACGCCAGAACCCACACAGGUGAAAAGCCGUACAAGUGCGGCACUUGCGGGAAGGCUUUCUGUCAAAACACAAACCUGAAACGACACAUGUUGACGCAUACGGGGGAGAAACCACACAAAUGCAGCACCUGUGGAAAAUGUUUCGGCAUAACCACGCAUUUGAAGAGACACAUGAUUCUCCAUGCUGUGCUACCAGAGCUUAAAAAGUGCCCCAGUGCUUGACGUAAGAUAUGGCAUUAAUGGACAGGUUUUGCAGAAUCUGUGCACUUGUGCCAUUUGGAUUCCUAAACAUUAUUUGCUAUUGUGAAGAGUCAGGGAUUGGCAGUGCUGGACUGGUGGCAUUGAGAGGAAAUGUGAGGAAUAACCAGGUGCUAUCUCAGGAUAAGGGCAAACAAUACCACAUAUU